AGAAAAUAUAUUUUUAUAUACAUGUCGAGAGGUACACAAUCCUUUUUCUUUCCAACAAAAUCAUUCAUGCUUCUCUAGUUUAUGAUAUCUUUGCUUCACUUUCUCUGUUUGAGACCAAGUGAAAAAGCAGAACUAGAUAAUUGAAGAGCAACAUUAGAUUUGGAGGAGAAGAAGAAGAAGAAGGCAUUAGAGAGGAAUAAGACAGGAGGGUAGUCGAUGGAUCAAAGGGUCCUCCUCAACUGUUUCAUAUUUCUCCUAUUGGCUCAUUUUCUGUGUGCUGGUUCAAUUUUAACAAAGAAGGUAUCAAUAGUACGCCACAUCAAAGAACAAUACCAGGAAGAAAAACAUCUACAAUUCACUUCUGCAAUUUCCACCACUCAGAAAGAUAUCACCACUCCAGUCACAACGGUUCCAAUAAUAACUCCCACCGCCCCUACUACUUCAACAACUCCAAUUAUAAACCCAAACUCAAACCCAGAUUAUUCAACCACACCAGCCACCAUGACCCCAUUUGCAAACCCAGCUGCAACCACAUCAUCACCUUUAUCCUCAGGCGCAAGCUGGUGUGUUGCUAGCCGAAGUGCAUCACAAACCACGUUGCAAGUUGCUUUAGACUAUGCUUGUGGGUAUGGUGGUGCUGAUUGUUCACCAAUUCAGCCUGGUGGAAGUUGCUACAACCCCAACACCAUUCGUGAUCAUGCCUCGUAUGCCUUUAAUGUGUACUAUCAAAAGAACCCGGUGCCAAAUAGCUGUAACUUUGAAGCAACUGCUGUAACUACAAGCACUGACCCAAGUACGGGGACAUGUCAGUAUCCAUCCAUUAGCACAAGCUCAUCAGUGUUAAACACAAGUUCAAGCGGCUCAACAGUAAUUGGUGCAGUGCCUUCCAGCCCCUCUAUCCCAUCAGCGGCUGCCAAGUUAGAUAGCUCCCCACAUUUCUUCGUCAUUGCAUGUCUCAUGGGGUUACAAGCGGCCACUUUCAAUCUACUUUGUUCAAACUAACUAAUUUGCUGCAGGUUGGCUGUUUUGGGUGAAUGAUCAUAAGCAUAUAUAUAUAUAUAUAUAUAUAUAUAUAUAUAUAUAUAUAUAUAUAUAUAUAUACAGAUGAAUGAGUGGAGCCGGGGCACAUAUAUAUGUAUAUAUAUACAUAAAUAAUAUGUUUUUGUUUUGUCGCAGCAAUAGUUUUAAAUAUUUGAGAUUACUCUUGUACGUGAUCUGUAAAUUAGUUGUUAGUGACCAAAAUGAGGCCUCGUAGAGUGGAAGAAAGGGAGCUAGUAAUAUGGAGGGAUUUUGUAGUGGUAGUAACCAAAUAAACCAUUAGUAUAGUUUUCCUUAUUUAUUA